AUAUUAUUAAAUGUAUUAAAAUUUAAAAUUUGAAACGAGACGCUGUUUUACGACGGAUAGUAGUGAUAACUCGAUUGUUUUACGGUUAGGUCUGGCAUCAUUAUUGGAAUCAGCCGAUUUUCUUAUCUUUUUCAGGGGAUGGUCGAAGUACUUUUUUGCGUUCAACUUGAUUUGAGUAACGUUUAUUAAUUUGAUCCGCUUAGAUAGUAUUGUGUCAAGUACAGCAAAAUGAGUUCUACCGGGCUCUUGAUUGUUUCCAAUAUAAAGCAAGUGGGAAAGUCAUUACGUACUAUAGAGAAAUAUGUAGGUAAAAUAUAUAUUCACUUAAAUAUCUCCGCGGAAAAAUCACAGCCAUUGCCUGUUUGGGGCCAUUUGAUAUCUCAAUUGUAUGUCGAUCAUAAUCAGUUAUGCAGUAAAAACAUAUCUUUAAGCAUUUUGGUGGGAUCGUUGAGAGAUCAAGGCGUUAAUGCCUUGCAAAUAAAGCCAGUUGAUAUUUUGUUCUGUGAUAGUCAUUACCCAGAACUCUGUCAACGCUUGCUGCAGCAUUUUGAAAUACCCGGUCAACCGAUCUACCUAGAACAAGAAGAAAACCCGAGUAUUGGCUUUGAUCAAGAAAAUGUGAGCGAGUCUAAUAAAAUGUACGAUACUGUAGUACUGGGUGGAACCUUUGAUCGUAUACAUGUAGGACACAAGAUAUUCCUUACCCAAGCUGUAAUACGCUGUUAUCGACGAUUAGUGGUGGGAAUAACAACAAAUAAAAUGAACAAGUCUAAAAUUCUUCCGGAGUUAAUUUUACCCAUUGAAUCUCGAAUAUCAGAGAUACGUGAUUUUCUCACGGAAAUUGAUGCAAGUUUACAAUAUGAAGUCGUCCCAAUUGAUGAUCCUUUUGGGCCGACACAAAGUGAUCCUAAUAUGGACAUGAUAGUGGUUAGUGCCGAAACGCUAAAAGGCGGUCAUAAAGUGAAUGAGAUACGAACUAAAAAUAAUUUGCGACCACUUGAAAUACACUGCAUAGGACUUGUUGAGUCCACAGACGUAAGUGGCGGUCCAAAAGAAAAGAAAAUGAGUUCUAGUAAUACACGUAUUGACUUAUUGGGAACUCGACUGCAGCUACCGGAGCCCCGUCCUAAUCUCUGCGAUAAGCCAUAUAUAAUUGGUCUAACAGGUGGUAUAGCAUCUGGAAAAAGCAUUAUGUGCGCUCGGUUGCUUAAAAAGGGUGCACAAAUUUUGGACUGUGACAAGAUUGCACAUCAAAUAUACGAUCCAGAUCUAGAUUGCUAUCAUAAAAUAAUUAAUCAUUUCGGAAAAGACAUUGUGAACAAAGAUGGACGAAUAGAUCGCAAAAGACUUGGUGGUAUUGUUUUCAAUGACCCUAAGCAGUUAGAAACUUUGAACAAUAUUGUUUGGCCCGAACUAUUAAUAGAGGUUAAGAAACGUAUACGCGCAGUUCACGAUAAGCAUAAGUGCGAUGUUGUAGUAAUAGAAGCUGCUAUAUUAUUAAAAGCUGGUUGGGAUAAUGAAUGUCACGAAAUAUGGUCAACAAUAGUUCCUUCUGAACUUGCAGUGCAGCGAAUUAAGCAACGCAACGGUUUAAGCGAAGAAGAAGCUCGUAAACGAGUUGAUAGUCAAAUGGAAAAUAGUGAGAUAGUAUCCAAAUCACACAUUGUUUUUAGUUCGCAGUGGUCAGAUGAGUUCACCCAACAGCAAGCGGAUAAGGCCUGGUCUAUACUAAUGGAUGAUAUAGAAAAGAGGAAUCUAAAUCAAUUAUCUACUGACGAGAAAAACAACAGCCGACUUUGACCAACACCUUGAAAUUCUUCAAUGAAAUAAAAAAAAUUAACAGAAAUAAAUAUAAGGUAAAAAAAGGUGAUUGUGAAUUUGUAAAUAAAUAGCCGAUGAAAUGAGUUGUAAAUAGACUCAAGAUGAUAGAUUUUGAUUAUAUUGGGAAGGAGAUACCAAAGUAUUAUUGUAGUAGUAUGCUGUAUGUAUCCCGAAUGAUAUUUGUUAUUAAAGAAACAAUAGAAAAUCA